CAUCAAACCUCACACUUAGAAAACCUCACUAAACCAGAAAAAUUAUGCAAAUCCAUCUUCAUCUUCUUCGUCAAUCUUCAAUCUUCAAUUUUAAAAAUUGUUUCUUCAAAGCAAAUCCACUCUUUUGUUUGUUGGUCCCUCAAUGUUCAAAUGUGUCUCUCUCUGUUGCUGCUGACAAGAACCCAUAUAUCCCUUUCCUUCAAGCUGAUCGAUCAUGUGAAGCCCUAUUCCUAAGAAACCUUUCACAACUACUUUCCCCUCUGACAUCUUAACCUUCAUCAUUCCACUCGUCACCUUCUUCCGCUGACUACAAUUGACUUCCUUAUAAUACUUAGUUUCCUUGUUUUGCAGUUGCACCCAUCAUCAGCACCUUCCUCUUCCCAUCCCAUCACUGAGAUUCUUCCAAUCUGUUCUGGGGGAAACAAAAAAUGGGUAUUUGGAAAUGGGGUUUUCUUGGGCUUCUUUGUGCUGCUUUUCAAUUUACAGUUGGUGCUGUGGAGCUGGGUAGGAAUCAGCCCACUGAAAGAAUUUCAGGUAGCGCUGGUGAUGUAUUGGAAGAUGAUCCAGUGGGAAGGUUGAAGGUUUUUGUCUAUGAACUUCCAAGCAAAUAUAAUAAGAAAAUUCUGCAAAAGGACUCAAGAUGCCUCACCCAUAUGUUUGCUGCCGAGAUUUUUAUGCAUCGGUUUCUCUUAUCUAGCCCUGUCCGAACCCUUAAUCCUGAAGAAGCUGACUGGUUUUAUACCCCUGUAUACACCACCUGUGAUUUGACACCAAAUGGCCUUCCUUUACCCUUCAAGUCACCACGAAUGAUGAGGAGUGCCAUUCAGCUUAUUUCUUCAAACUGGCCCUAUUGGAACCGAACAGAAGGGGCAGAUCAUUUCUUUGUGGUUCCUCAUGACUUUGGGGCAUGUUUUCAUUACCAAGAAGAGAAGGCAAUUGAAAGAGGGAUUCUUCCACUGCUACAGCGUGCUACCUUGGUCCAAACAUUUGGACAGAGGAAUCAUGUGUGCUUGAAAGAGGGCUCAAUUACCAUUCCUCCAUAUGCCCCCCCACAGAAAAUGCAUGCCCACCUAAUUCCUGAUAAAACUCCCAGGUCCAUUUUUGUUUACUUUCGAGGACUGUUUUAUGACGUUGGAAAUGACCCUGAAGGUGGUUACUAUGCAAGAGGUGCAAGAGCAGCAGUGUGGGAGAACUUUAAGGACAAUCCACUAUUUGACAUUUCCACUGAGCAUCCAGCCACAUACUACGAGGACAUGCAACGAGCUGUGUUUUGUCUAUGCCCGCUUGGAUGGGCCCCUUGGAGCCCAAGAUUGGUUGAAGCUGUGGUAUUUGGUUGCAUCCCUGUUAUUAUUGCUGAUGAUAUUGUUCUGCCAUUUGCUGAUGCAAUCCCAUGGGAAGAGAUAGGGGUGUUUGUUGAUGAGGAGGAUGUUCCUAAGUUGGAUACCAUACUCACGUCUAUCCCACCAGAAGUUAUAUUAAGGAAACAGAGAUUGCUUGCUAACCCUUCCAUGAAGCAAGCAAUGCUAUUCCCACAACCUGCUCAAUCUGGAGACGCUUUCCAUCAAGUUCUAAAUGGACUUGCACGUAAGUUGCCACAUGACAGGAGCGUAUUCUUGAAACCUGGGGAGAAGUUCUUGAAUUGGACUGCUGGCCCUGUGGGUGACCUUAAACCUUGGUAGCAGUUACAAUAGUUUUCUGAGGCAAUAACCAUUCUUUCUAUUUCUUGGUCAAUCCUCCCAAUGUGUUCAUAGGGGUUGGUA